AUGUGGAGAGCUGCUUUUAUUCUAAGAAUCGAGGUGAGAGUCGAUAUUCAUCGCAGAAGGAGAGACGGACGAGGAGCAAAAGAGAGGUCUUCUCUCAAACAUGAUUGCAAGAGGAGAGUUGGUAGAAGUCUGUUCUGGGGCUGCUUCGGUGGAUGUACUGUACAGCUUUGUCAUGCGCAGUGUGUAUUCGCCGUCAUGUUUCUGUCUUUCAUUUUUUCUUACUCUUCGCCAGAGUUUGGGUUGGUGUUUUUAUUUCUCCGGGGCACGGAUUACGGAGAUCAGGGAAAAAUGUGUAGAGCGGAGUGA